AUGGCACGCGGCUAUUGUACACAUGUCACACCACAAUGCCCUGUAUCAGCAACCACCUAUGGAUACCGGCCUAAUCUAGGAGGGGACAUAUUCUUCUGUGUCGUCUUUGGACUUCUCUUCCUCGCUCAGCUGUUCCUUGGAAUCAAAGCUCGUCUGAAGGGCUUCACCUUCGCUGUCAGUGUUGGAUGUUUUGGAGAGAGUGUCGGCUAUAUUGGCCGACUGAUCAUGCACAACAACCCAUGGAGUCAAACGGGUUUUAAGAUUCAGAUUGUCUGUCUGAUUCUAUCGCCAUCUUUCCUCGCUGCUGGAAUCUACCUCACGAUUAAGCAUUUGGUCAUUCACUUCGGCCCUCAAUACUCUAGACUGAAGCCCAACCUCUACACCUGGAUCUUCAUCUCUGCCGAUGCAGCUAGUAUUCUUGUUCAAGCUGCCGGAGGUGGCAUUGCCGCUGGCGAGCAGGAAGAUUUGAUCAAAAUCGGAAACUCAAUCAUGGUUGCUGGUAUCUGCGUCCAGGUUGCUACCAUGUUCCUUUGCGGUGUUGUCGCCGUAGACUUCUUCUUCCGCCGCUGGAGAUCCCGUGAGGCUCAAAACAAUCUUGACGACCCGAUGACUCGCUCAACCCCUGGCUUCAAGUUCUACGUUGGCGCCUCGACUCUCGCCUUCGUCACCGUCUUCAUUCGUUCCGUGUACCGUAUUCCUGAGAUGGUCGGUGGUUGGGGUAACCCUUUGAUGCAGAACGAGAAUGAGUUCCUGAUUCUCGACGGAAUGAUGGUUUGCAUCGCCGCUAUUGCCCUCACAGUCGCCCACCCUGGAGUCUUCUUCCCCCAAAUCAAGGAACACAAGCUCUUCAAGAAGGAAAAGAAGAGCAGAAAGGAGAAGAAGGCUGAGAAGAAGGCCGAGAGGGAGGAGAAGGCUGGACUGGAACUGUCGAGCAGUGGUGACAGUGUCUAA